CAUGGCGGCUGAUGCACUUGAUAACCGAUAAUUAUGUGAACGUUUUUAAUUAUUUUAUUUUAAAAAACAGCAAAAUAUUCAUUUUGAGAUAGGUAAAGUAGCUUCUUAUUUAUAUAAACCUUUUGAAUAUGGCUGAGAUUAGUAAUGAAAUGGCAAAGACUCUGUUUUUCGAAGGAGCGAUUCUUGUAUGUCGUGACGUUCCGCAAGGAACUGAAUUUGGUAUUGAUUACAACUCUUGGAACGUAGGACCUAAGUUUAAAGGUGUUAAAAUGAUCCCCCCGGGUUUCCAUUUUGUCUUCUAUGCUGCAGUCAAUAACAGUGGGCAGACAGCUCCAAGGACUGGGUUUUUUCAAUAUUUCGGGCAAAGAGAAAUAAUUGUCAAGAAAUGGGACGCGAAUAUAGAAGAUUUAGUGGAUCAGACAUUGUCUGCAGAAGAAAUAGAAAGAAUAAGAGCAAAUCUUGAGAAUCUGGACUCCAAUCUUGGAAAGUACCCAUUUGAAAGCCUAAAGAAAUGGCACUCUCUUUCCAGUCAUGUUACUCAAGACGUCAUGAACAAUAUCCAACCAGUUUGCAACAGGAUUUCUUCACUGACCGAGGUGAAGAACGAGGAUGUCAAGCAACCAGUGGGGACAUGUGAUACCAUGCUCAGGUUCACACCCUUACCUUUCAGACAUUUCCCUAAGGAUUCAACACCAGCAGAGAUCACCAAACUCUCUAUGGACAAGAGUCAAGUGUUGGAAGAUAUCAUUAGCAGAUCAACUGCACAUACUGGUAUUCUUGGUGAAUUGCAAUUGGCUUUCAUCACUUUCCUUGUUGGCCAAGUGUAUGAUGCUUUUGAACAAUGGAAAAAUCUUAUCUAUCUACUUUGCUCUUGUUUGGAUGCAAUUGACAAACAUCCUGACAUCUUUGAAGCAUUCAUACGUGUCCUCCAUUUCCAGUUACUUGAGAUGCCUCAAGACUUUUUUAUCGACAUUGUAUCUAGGAAUAAUUUCCUUGUUGACAAUUUACAUAGGUUUUUUACAAAUGUUCAAGAUUCCUCGGUGUCAACAAAACUGAAGAGAAAAGCUCACAAAUUCAAGGAAUAUUUGACAAGGCAUUUUCAGUGGAAUUUUGACCACGAACCGGAAGAAGAUGCUCCAGUCAUUGUGGAAAUAGCUUAAGCAAUGCUUACAAGGACGUUUACGCAAUGCUGGUCAAUAUUCCGGAUUAAAGAUACACAUUAACGCAUCUGUGCUAGGAAAUGUACAGUGGAAAUGUUUCAGUACAAAGACUGAAAACAAACAAAAGGUACAAUUGGUUUUAACGUUUCCGGUUUGUUGGCUUAACUUCUUCUCUGUUUCAAAGACGGCUGGCUGAAUGAAAAGUGAUCAUUUCUUGUGAUGUGUUACAACUAUUUCCGUCUCAGCUGCCAACGUUAAUCUGAACUUCUGACUGAGACUUUAUAGUUAAGGCAUGUUGUUUUAUAAAAAAUUACAUCAUAUCGUAGUUGAUACUGUAUUUGAAAAAAAAGCUUAGCAGGAAACCAGUUGAUUUACUUAAGGUUUUAGUUAAAGACCCUAGGGGUUUGAGCGAAUUAUCACUGUGAUUGGAAUUCAUUAAAAAUUAUUAUAAUUUUUCUA